GAAACAUCAACAUCAGCAGCAUCUCUAGUCCUCACAUGCGCGGCCGGCGGGAAGGCAGGAGGAGGCAGGCAUGGAGCACCGGGCGACUCACUGUCUCACUCUCUGCCGUUACACCCAGACUUGAGGUUCUCCUCUCCGCGGCUCGCCUCAGCCAGCCACCACCGCCGCCGUCACCACCACCACAGCCUGUCACCUCCCUGACAAACUCCAUCCCGCUGCUCACUGAGCUUACUCGGAACCAUGGCGGCGUAGGGCGCUGCGGCCCCCCCCCCCCCUCUCCUUGGAGGGUUAAGUGAGGGUUACUGACUGGCCAUAGACAAGAAUCAAGCGACCAGACUCCUCUCCUGUGUCUCCCCUGCCUCUGUCGGGGGGACCUUCGGCGCCUCCCUGUAGACGCGCCAUGUCUCGCACACUCUCAGCCUCCCUCCGCCUGCUGCUCCUGCUGGCGGCCGUGCUGGCUCCGCGAUGCUCGGCCCAGGACGCGACGACCCUCCAGCAGCAGCAGCCACAGGCCAGAGAGAAGCGCUUCCUCGGCUCCGUGAUCCGGCAAGACGGUCGCCUCCCUAUCUGGGGUUUCAAGAGAUCUUUCCCCGGCCACGACGACACUGACUCCACCCUUGGCGACACUUUGAAUGAGAGCAGCAGCGCCUCGCGGGACAGCCAGGAUCAAGGUCUGAACAAGCGCCACCUGUCGAGUCUUGCUCGUAACAAUGCCUUCCCCAAGGACCUCCGAGAGAAGAAGUACUAUGCGUCGCUGCUCAAGGCUCGCGCCUUCUCUGAUGGCGGCGAUGUUGAACCCCAGCUUCAGAAGCGGUUCUACGCGUCUCUGCUCAAGUCUGACAGGCCGCCGCAGACCGCUUACAUGAACAGCAUGAUCUACCGCCACCAAGACAAGCGGCACUACAGCUCGCUGCUGCGGCAUGGCCCGCUGCCCUUCACGCAGACCAAGCGGCAUUUCGGUUUUGAUGCUCCUGCAGAAAGUGUCUUGGCCGCUGAAACUAAGGAGGAGGAUGACCCUGAGGAGGCAGCCGUGCGUGAACUGGAGGACAUUCGUGAACUCUCCAAGAAACACUUUUCCUCCCUAUUGAGGAACCGACCGGGGCGAGGCCUCAAUGACGACCUGUACCUACGGCAACGACUCCUGGCGGCCGGGCUGACCAGUGCUGGGGAUGACACGCGUGACUUGGUGGUGCUGAUGCCAAGCUGGGAAGCGGACGACUCAACGGCUUUCGAUAAACGACACAUCGGCUCACUGUACCGCGGCAAGGACACCGACGACUACCUCCACGACCUCUCUGAGGACAAGCGACACAUCGGCUCACUGUACCGCGGCAAGAAGGACACCGACGACUACCUCCAAGACCUCUCUGAGGACAAGCGACACAUCGGCUCACUGUACCGCGGCAAGAAGGACACCGACGACUACUUCCACGACCUCUCUGAGGACAAGCGACACAUUGGCUCACUGUACCGCGGCAAGAAGGACACCGACGACUACCUCCACGACCUCUCUGAGGACAAGCGACACAUCGGCUCACUGUACCGCGGCAAGAAGGACACCGACGACUACCUCCACGACCUCUCUGAGGACAAGCGACACAUUGGCUCACUGUACCGCGGCAAGAAGGACACCGACGACUACCUCCACGACCUCUCUGAGGACAAGCGACACAUCGGCUCACUGUACCGCGGCAAGAAAGAUACCGACGACUACCUCCACGACCUCUCUGAGGACAAAUGGACCGACUACCUCCACGACCUCUCUGAGGACAAGCGACACAUCGGCUCACUGUACCGCGGCAAGAAGAAUGAGGACAACAUUCUGGAUGCACCUGAAGACAAGAGGCACAUCGGCUCCUUGUACAGGGGCAGGAAGGAUGCCGACAGCUUGUACCAGGAGCUCUCUGAGGACAAAAGACACAUCGGCUCCCUGUACAGGGGCAGGAAGGAUGCCGACAGCUUGUACCAGGAGCUCUCUGAGGACAAAAGACACAUCGGGUCACUGUAUCGCGGAAAGAAGGACGAAGACAAUUUCCAAGGGCUCUUUGAGGACAAGAGGCACAUUGGCUCUCUGUACAGAGGGAAGAAAGAUGAUGACUUCCAAACUAUCGCCGAAGACAAGAGACACAUCGGCUCCCUCUACAGGGGCAAGAAAGAUGACGGCAGUGCCCAGAGUCUGUCUGAAGACAAGCGACACAUCGGCUCCUUAUUAAGGGGAAAGAAAGACCAAGACCUCACUGAAGACAAGAGGCACAUCGGCUCCCUGUACCGAGGCAAGAAGGACGAAGACAACGACCAGAACCUUAAUGAAGACAAGAGACACAUCGGCUCCCUGUAUCGAGGCAAGAAGGACGAAGACAACGACCAGAACCUUAAUGAAGACAAGAGACACAUCGGCUCCCUGUACCGAGGCAAGAAGGACGAAGACAACGACCAGAACCUUAAUGAAGACAAGAGACACAUCGGCUCCCUGUAUCGAGGCAAGAAGGACGAAGACAACGCCCAGAACAUUAAUGAAGACAAGAGGCACAUCGGCUCCCUGUACCGAGGCAAGAAGGACGAAGACAACGCCCAGAACAUUAAUGAAGACAAGAGGCACAUCGGCUCCCUGUACCGAGGCAAGAAAGACGAAGACAACGCCCAGAACAUUAAUGAAGACAAGAGGCACAUCGGCUCCCUGUACCGAGGCAAGAAAGAUGAAGACAACGCCCAGAACAUUAAUGAAGACAAGAGGCACAUCGGCUCCCUGUACCGAGGCAAGAAAGAUGAAGACAACGCCCAGAACAUUAAUGAAGACAAGAGGCACAUCGGCUCCCUGUACCGAGGCAAGAAGGACGAAGACAACGCCCAGAACAUUAAUGAAGACAAGAGGCACAUCGGCUCCCUGUACCGAGGCAAGAAGGACGAAGACAACGCCCAGAACAUUAAUGAAGACAAGAGGCACAUCGGCUCUCUGUACCGAGGCAAGAAGGACGAAGACAACGCCCAGAACAUUAAUGAAGACAAGAGACACAUCGGCUCCCUGUACCGAGGCAAGAAAGAUGAAGACAAUCUCGAAGGUCUCUCUGAAGACAAGAGACACAUCGAUUCCUUGUACCGUGGCAAGAAGGAUGAAGAUAAUUCACAUAAUCUCUCUGAAGACAAACGGCAUAUUGGUUCUCUAUACCGAGGCAAGAAAGAUGAAGACAACGCCCACAACCUCGCUGAAGACAAGAGAUACAUCGGUUCCCUGUACAGAGGCAAGAAAGAUGAAGACAACGCCCACAACCUCGCUGAAGAUAAGAGACACAUUGGUUCCCUGUACAGAGGCAAGAAAGAUGAAGACAACGCCCAGAACCUCGCUGAAGAUAAGAGACAUAUCGGUUCCCUGUACAGAGGCAAGAAAGAUGAAGACAACGCCCAGAACUUCGCUGAAGACAAACGGCAUGUUGGUUCUUUAUACCGAGGCAAGAAAGAUGAAGACAACGCCCAGAUGAUCGACGAAGACAAGCGGCACAUCGGCUCCCUUUAUCGAGGCAAGAAGGAUGAAGACAACGCCCAGAAUAUUGAUGAAGACAAGAGGCACAUUGGCUCCCUUUAUCGAGGCAAGAAGGAUGAAGACAACGCCCAGAAUAUUGAUGAAGACAAGAGGCACAUUGGCUCCCUGUACCGAGGGAAGAAAGAUGAAGACAACGCCCACAACCUCGCUGAAGACAAGCGGCACAUUGGCUCCCUAUACCGAGGGAAGAAAGAUGAGGACAACGGUCAAAGCCUCGCUGAAGACAAGCGGCACAUUGGCUCUCUGUACCGCGGCAAGAAGGAGCAGCAGAGUGCCCUGGCAGACCUAGUGGCGCAGGACGAGGACGACAUCGAGCGGCGCCUGCACGACCUGCCAGGCAAGCGGUACUUUGCGUCGCUCCUCAAGGACAGACAGGCAUCCUUCGGACCCUGGGGCACGCCGGCGGGCAAGAGGCACAUCGGCAGCUUCCUCCAGAACAGACAGGCGGCGUUUGGCACACAAGACCUGACAGCUGACAAGCGACACAUCGGCUCCUUCUUCCAGAACAGACAGGCGCCACUUGGCAUGCAGGAUUCGGCUGAAAAGAGGCACAUCGGCUCUUUCCUACAAGGCCGACAGUCAGCCUUUGGCACGCAAGACCUGGGGGAAAAGCGACACAUCGGAUCUUUCUUCCAAAACAGACAGUCACCGCUCGCCUCCGAGGACCAGUCAGCGGAGAAACGACAUCUGGCAUCCUUCAUGCAAAACAGACAGUCACCGGUCGCCUCCGAGGACCAGUCAGCGGACAAACGACAUCUAGCGUCCUUCAUGCAAAACAGACAGUCCGCUUUCGGUACACAGGACCUGGCUACGAGCAAACGACACAUCGGCUCCCUGUACCAGAACAGUCAGUCGCCUUUCGGCUCACAUGAGUCCUCGGCGGAUAAACGACACCUCGGAUCCUUCAUGCAGAGCAGCGUGUCGCAGUUCGGUCCGGAGCUGCGGCGGCGUAAGCGGUACAUCGGCGCGCUGGCCCGCACCAACAACAUGCCGUCGCCGUACUCCCGUGCACGACAGAACCGCCGCGACGCACCAGAUCCAAGUCUCCGCAGAGCCCAUCUUCUCCAGCGCCUUCUGAACAUGGAGCGUCAGCGUGAUCUUCUCCGCCAGCGCCAGCGUCAGGCACUGGUCACUCGCACAGAGAACGCGGCCAUGAUGCUCAAAUACCUGGAGCACGCCGCCGAGCUGGAACAAGACGGCCUGGACCUGGACCUCCAGCCCGAACAGGACGUGGACGUGGGUAUGAACCUAGACCUCGAGGAUGACCGCGAGGCCCAAACACGCCUGGACCACCUGCAAUACACGACGGACGACCAGGACGACCAGGAGGGCAAAAACGACGCCCUCGUCUACCACAGCAACGACAAGCGAUUCCUGGGGUCACUGGCUCGGAGCGGGUGGUUCCCUCGACGCUACAGCGGGUCAUACAGCUUUGACCUCCAGAAGCGUGACGUGACCUCGCAGCUGCCCCCAGAAGAGGACGAGGACGAGUACGAAGAUGAAGACAAACCCUUCUUCACCUUCUCAUACUAGAGAGAGAGAGGAGUAACGCGCUCUCUCUCUUUGAAUCCUCCUCACCCGUAUCACCUCCCUUUCUUUCCCUCCUCCUCUUUCCUCCUCUCCCUUCCUCCUUUCCUCCCUGUCUAACUCUCCCUCAAUCUACAUUCUCCCCCUCGCUUUUUUUUUUUUUUAU